UUCACACGGCGCUGUUCAUUUCCAGGCCGGGUAGGAUCCCAGCAACAACACUGCGAUCGGUUCAACCUACGAAGAUCGGGCUUUACAAUCGCCAUCCAUCCUUUGAUUAGACAACAGUUUGUGGAAAUAUAUCACUGUCAUUGAUCAGAAGGUACACUAAGUCGUUGAAUCGAAUCAGAAGGCACUGGGAAGAGGCGCAAAGAAAAAUUUCCAUACUCGAUGACAUUACAUCGCAAUGUCCGAUCGUUUGGGGCAAAUAACCAAGUCCAAGGAUGGGAAAAGCAAGUAUUCCUCACUCAGCCUAUUUGACAAGUACAAGGGAAAAUCAAUAGAAACUCAGAAAAACACAGUAGUUCCGCGACAUGGCUUGCAGAGUCUUGGCAAAGUGGCCACAGCCCGGCGCAUGCCCCCACCUGCUCACCUGCCGAGCUUGAAGUCCGAAAACAAAGGAAACGAUCCCAACGUGAUUAUUGUGCCUAAAGACGGUACAGGAUGGGCGAACAAGCAGGAACAACCCGAUCAAAAGAGUUCUAUUGCAUCAAUACCACAGCUGCCGGAGUUGCAGCCACAGCUGGCUUUACAGAAAUCUGUCUCCAAUCUUCAGAAGCCCUCACCGGUAGCCAACCAGGAGAACACAAACACAGGUGGACCAAAGCAAUGGGCCCAGCUAAAUGGAAAGGCAGUAGAGCAAGAUGGUUUAAGGGCCUCAAACCGACUUCAGCCCUUCUCUCACGAGGAAUUUCCCACGCUGAAGGCAGCUGGAGAACAGGACAGGGCUGGCAAGGAAAGAAGCGGCUUCGAUCCGUCGUAUGGGCCCGGACCAAGCCUCCGCCCCCAGAAUGUGACGAGCUGGAGGGAAGGUGGUGGCAGGAACCUUCAGCCCUCGUCCCUGACCCUCGGCCUGCCAGCAGAUCCUGAGGGUAAGAUCACUGCCCUGGGUGAGACUGGCACCCCUCCAGCCUCAUCUCACCCCUCCUCUGCCACCGGCACAACCUCUUCUAGUGUAGUGACUCCAGUGUCACCAGUCCUUGACCCAAAGGAGCCUUCCUUGCGACCCACCCAGCCUGUCCGUAGAACAACCGUCCCUACUGCCCUGCAGUAUCAGCUUCACCACACUUCGACUGCUGUCUACCAUGACAUGUUGCCCGCAUUUAUGUGCUCUAAAGAGACACGUGAAACCCCAGGUACAGAACAUGUUCCUACCACCGUUGCAGCCCCAGCCCGAUUUGACAGCAAACCCGCGUUUAGACAGAGCUACGCCAAACCUGAACUUCAAGUCAAUGGUGAUGUGAAAAGAGAGAACCGCUUUGUCCGUGCUGCACCUCGACUGUCUUCUCAGCCCAUCCGCAGGCCUGGUGAAAGACCACAACGCCCAGCCAUCAUUAAUCCAGAGGACCUGAAGGAUCUGGAUGAGCUUGACAAUGACUGCGAGGAUGGAUGGGCUGGACUGCAUGAGGAAGUUGAUUAUAGUGAGAAGCUCAAGUUCAGUGAUGACGAAGACGAACACGGUGAUAAAAACAAGAUGUGGACUGAAUGGGAGAGGGAGAGGGAGAGGGAGAUCCAGCGUGACUGCCAGUCCUCCCUAAGUUCAGGUGAGGUAUCUUACCCCCAGGAGGGCCCAGAGGAGAGUUAUUCUUACCACCAUCACGAACCUCCCAGGAAGACCAACGGCAGAUAUAUCUCUACGGACACCCCGGCCCAGCAGAAAAUCCAAGGUGAGCCGCUGACUGACCAGGAAGAUCACCAGCGCCAAUCUCAAACUCAAGGGCCAGCUAGGGCAAAAUAUGUAUCCCCUGAGCUGUCAGAGGCUGUUGAGAGGGCCCGCAGACGCAGGGAGGAGGAAGAGAGGCGUGCCCGUGAGGAACGAUUGGCUGCAUGUGCUGAAAAACUCAAAAAGCUGGAUGAGAAGUUUGGGAAGACAGAAAGGCAGAUGUCAAGGCCGGAGGAGGGCCUGAAAGAGGGAGAGGACAAAGAGGUUCCACUGUCCCCAAACAGGGAACAGAGUAAAGCCCACCAUGAGAACUGGCAGUACAGCACAAAAGAUGGAAGUGAGUGUCCCCCUGACAACUCCCCUGGUCAUAGUUACCGUGAGGAACCUAGCUUCUCCAACUACCGUGGCAGCGAGGAUGAUGUCCAGGAGCCCUCUUCCCCCUCAGGAGACCAGCAGCAGCAGCAGGAAGUAUACAAGAUGCAGCACUGGCAGCAGUCAGGUCACCCUCCCCCGUCUGGCUCAAGCCACGCCCAGCGGGGCUACUAUCCACCACAUGUCCUUGGGUUUGAUCCCCGCUGGAUGAUGAUGCCUCCUUUCAUGGAUCCCCGCAUGGCCCAAGGACGAUCUCCUGUAGACUACUACCCCAGUGCUGUCCACUCUUCAGCUGGUAUGAUGAAACCCAUGAUGCAUCAAGACCACUUGAACAGCCCUGGUUCCGAUGAGGGAUGCCAUCCCAACCUGCACCAGGAGAGAAGAGCCCCUUCCACUGAGCCUUACCCUAUGUGGAACCAAGAUGGCUACCCCUUGCGUAGCUUCACUCCACCCUACCAGAGGCAGCAUGAAAGCUCGGACAGUGGCCAGCAAGAUGACAGAAGUGAUGUGGCCUGCUCCCAACAGGACUCCUAUGAAGAGAGGGCCAAUGACUGCUUGACCCAUCCCCAAGAUGAUCUCCCCCAUCAUGCUUACCAGAGCCGAGGCCCAGACAGGGAACAUCAACACCAUGACCAAGGCUUGCUGACUACUGCUCAGAAUCAUGCAGAUAAUGAUUACCCAAAACAAGACUCUAGGGACAAGCAUCUGAAAGACAGCCCUGAAUCUCACAAUGAGACCUUAGAUAGUUCCAAGGACAAUUGGAAAAGAGAUGGAGGUCAGAAACAAGAUGGAGGAGUCAACAGCGCUCAAAGUCAGUGGUCUGAACCCAGUUCUAGUUCCAGUAGUAGUGUCAGCCAGCCAUCUGAGACCAGUGGGCGCACCUUGAUUCGCAGAACAGGGCCCAUCAAGAAACCAGUUCUCAAGGCUCUCAAAGUGGAAGACAAGGAGAAUGAAAAGCCUAAACCUGAGCCUGAGGAAAAGACCGUCCCUUACCGCCUGGAGAAAGAAGUCCUUACUAAUGUUUACGACUUGAAGAAAGAUAACCAGCCUGCCAGCAACAGGCGUUCAGCCUCACCUGUUGUUGAAAAACAGCCGGAAGAGAGGCAGCGUCAGUCACCAGCUCCCACUAAACCAGAGAGACCUCUGAGCACCCACAGUGAUGACUCUCCCAAGGAGAGCACCUGGGACAUUUGCAAGAGCCAGCCACCUCGAGAAAGCCAGGAAAACCGGGAGCCCCACGCACCACGGCGCAAUAACUGGAUCUUCAUUGAUGAAGAACAGGCCUUUGGUGCAGUCAGGGGAACAGGUAGAGGCCGCAGUCGAGGCUUUAGGGAAUUUGGCUCUAGAGGUGGAACCCGGGGUGGCCGAGGUGGAGACAAUCUCAGAGGGGCUUAUAACAACAACAACAACAGUGGUGCUCAGCGCAGAGGCCGGGCACCACCUAGGGAUCUUGUCAAGGUUGAAGAGUUCCAGCGGGGCAAACCCCGGAGGCGAAAUGUCAGUGAGACUUUGAGUGAAGCCUCUGAGUAUGAGGAACUGCCCAAGAGGCGCCGCCAGAAGGGAUCUGAAAAUGGAGAAGGUUACACAGAGUCUGGAGAGGUUCGUAAAGCUGAUAGAGACUCUUGGAGAUCCAACAAGGUGUACACAGAUGACCAGACAGCCCCAGAUUCCAGAGAAAAGGCCAAGGCCAGCAGAGGCUUCGGAGGUCGCAUACUGCCUCCCAGACUCAACACCACUGGAAGUUACAGUCGAAGCUUUGGGGGAACCAGGGACAUUUCUACAUGGAGAGGUCGUGGGCCACAGUUUAAUAGCAGUGGUGGCUCCAUGCAAGAAAAUGGUUAUGGUCCUGGAGCUGAGACUGCUUACACCCGCAGACCCCCUGUUGAACGUGAGACUCUCAAGUACCCUCCCAAAUUCACUGGCCCAUUCAUGGAAAAUGGCACAGAGGACCGUGAAGGAGAAUACUACUUUGACAAUGACAACCCUGACCGGCAGAUGUUGAGGAGACGGCGUCCACCCCGUCAAGACAAGCCCCCACGCUUCCGACGUCUACAACAAGAACGUGAACCUGGCUCCAACCAGUGGACAAGCGAGGAGUACGUAAAUGGAGACUUCGCAAACCCCUGGCCUGGACGCCCCAAAGGGACUGGGGAAGAGAACUGGCCCAGUGGCCACUACUCUGGUGGACGUUCUAGCCAACAUGGUCAGGCAGAGGAAUGGGAGACGGGAUCGGACAACAGCGACUUUGGUGACUGGAGAGAGAAGCGAGGUGGAAGCGGAGGUGCGGCUACACAGGGACAAGGUGAUAUUCCCUCAGACUCUGGCCACGGCGAACCAGGCUCUGGCGAGAAGAGGGAACUUUGCAAGAGAAGCUUCUCCAGCCAGAGACCAUUGGUGGAACGGCAGAACAGAAAAGGAGAGCCAUCUCUGCUAGAAGCAAACAAGAUGUCACGUACACCUGAUAAUCCCCCCACCUCCUCCUCUAACAGGAGUGACAGUUGGCAGAAUGGAGGGACGUCUUGUAAGAGCCCCGUCUACAGCAUAGAGCAGCCGGAGGAAAGGGAGCCCAAUGAGCCCUCUGGGAAGAAAUUAGACAAAGAGCUGAAGCAAGGACCUGUCAAGACAGACAUAGCUGAACCUCUGUCCCAGUAUGAGCUCAGCAGCUACCCAAUUGAAGGGGAUGCAGGGGGACCAGUUUCGAAUCCAGAUGGAUACCAGGAUGCCUUGUCCAAAAAGCAAAGACGCCCACAGGAAGAUGAUAGAAGGAGGAAGGAACAGGGAGCUGCAAUGCCAGUGAAGAACAGAACUAUCACAUCCAAGAUACCACCACGCUUUGCCAAAAAGCAGGGAACCAUGAGCAUUGAACAACCUGAGGAAUCGCUUUCUUCCAACAACCUGGGAACUGAAAUCUGGGAGACCAACAGCUCAGCUCUUUCAGUACAGUCUUCAGGGGGAGACUCGUGGACUAAACAAGUGUCUUACACUGGGAGCGAGCCCAACUCUGAGGACUCUGAUGCUGGUCCAGAGCAGAGUAAAGAACAGCACAAACCAGGGCCCAUCGGAAACGAGCGCUCCCUAAAGCACCGUAAGGGCUCAGAAGGUGUCGAUAGGCUGGAAGGUGGCCCCAUCACACCAGUCAAUGGUGUGGACCUCCAUGUGGAUGCUGUGCUGCCUGUGCCUCCUAUUGAGUUUGGUGUCAGUGCCAAAGACUCUGAUUUCAGCCUACCACCGGGCUCUACCCCCGUGCCGGUGUCCAAUCCUGUCAACAAGCUUCAAGACGCGCUUACCACCAAUACUGCUCUCAAUCAGAGUAUCCCCAUGCUGCGUUCCAACCAUCUGCAGCCUGGCAUUAACCUCAACCCCAUCUCCUUCCCCAGUGCUGACCUCACUCUCAAGAUGGAAUCGGCUCGCAAGGCGUGGGAAAACUCCCAGUCCCUCCCCGAGCAGGGCUCUCCUGGUGGAGGUGCUUCAGGUGCUCAGCCUCCCUGCAGCGUUGGCUCAUCCGUCAGCUACAGUUCUUUUGGAGGGGUUUCCAUGCCUCCGAUGCCUGUGGCUUCAGUAGCACCUUCCAUGUCCAUGCAAGGUAAUCAUAUUCCCCCAUUGUAUCUGGAUGGCCAUGUCUUUCCGAGCCAGCCACGCCUCGUACCCCCCACGAUGACCCAGCAGCAGACCUACCAACAGGCGGCUGCUGCCCAGCAGAUUCCCAUCUCUUUGCACACGUCUCUUCAGGCUCAGGCUCAGCUGGGACUUCGGGGAGGUCUACCCGUAUCCCAGUCCCAAGAGAUGUUCAACUCUAUUCCUCCCUUCAGGUCCCAGGUUUACAUGCACCCCAACCUCUCACAGGGUAGCCCCAUGGUGCUGUCGGGUGGAGCCCCUCUUAAGGGGCCUUACUCUGCUUUCCCUGGCAUGCAGCCCUCAGACAUGGUCAAGCAACAGUCAGGCUCCCACUAUCAGCCUAUGAACGGCAGCCAGCAGCUAGUCUAUGACAACCAGAUGAACCAGGGGCCUGGUAUGGGUUCAUCCCAGUUAAUUGACUCUCAGCUCAUCCAGGUGACCAUGCCCCUCCCUGGCUCUCAGCUGCGCUAUGGUUCAGCUCAGCAACAUCUCAUCCUCCCACAGUCCAUCCAGCUGCAGCAGGGACAGAACUUGUCAGUCGGUGCCCCCCGUCGAAUGCUGCCACCUGGCUCCCAGGCUGCUGUCAUGACUGGCAGCCGAGAGGGCUCGCAGAUGGAAAUGAAAGGCUUCCAGUUCUCUGACAAGCCCAAUCAUUCCCCAGGCCUAUCUGGAGGGUCCUACAGGCCCGGGUCUGCCAGCCCUAGUGGGAAGCCCUCUGGUCCUGGGGGGCCCGUAGGCCCUCUGCCUACACAUUUUACUCAACAGGUCCCACCUGCUCAGGGUAGCAUGGUGAUGCACAUGCGGCCCCCCACCACAGGCCCUUUCCCCAAUCCCAUCCAGAGACCAGUCAUGCAGGUCAACAAGCCUGUCAUCAUCCGCUCCCCCCCUUACCCCAAUCCUGGCCGUGACCCUACCCACUCCACCCACUCCACCCCUCCCUCUGCCCCCGAGCCCCCUGUCAAAGGGCCAGAGGAUGGCAUGAAGAAUAAAACCAUGCGAGAAGUUCGCAAGGCAGUGGGCGAGGGCAAGACACCAUCCGGGGGCAUGACCAGCAAACUCCAGGAGCCCCUACCCUCCACAGGGCAAGCCAAACCAGCACGCACUGGAGCCAUCAAACCCCAGGCUGUCAAAGUAGAGGAGGGCAAGGCAUAACAAUGGACCUUAAAAUCCUCAUCACCACCCAGCCUGCCAACACAAGCCCCUUGACCAAUGUCUGAGCCACCUUAUCGCAAGGCACCAAGGCAAGGGGGCGUACAUCCAGACAUCAUAGUGAAUUACUCCUCUUGAACUGUCAGAACUGGACAUUAUUAUUUCACAACACGUAUAGAGAUAUAUAAAUAUAUAUAAAUAUAUACAUAGACACAAACAGUCUUUUAAGCAGAUCUCUUCAAGGUCCUCUUUAAUUUAUUAUUAGUCACUUUUAAGGGGAGAUUGGUAAAGAGAAAAGAUAUUUCUGUUUUUUUUCUUUUUUUCUUUUGUGUAUCUCUCCAAGGUGGGGGAAAUUUAAAGUGGCCAACUCAGACAGAUGGUUCAUUUUUCAUACCAUUUUGCCAAACUGUAUUUACUCCCUGUUUAUGGACUGUAGCCCUUAAGACCAAGCAGACGCUCGAUAUAACUCACUAUGAGAAGCAAAGUCUGUUCUUUUUUUUUUUUUUAAACAAAUUUAAAAAGCAGUGGGGCGCUUUUCUGUCAUACUUCAUUGGCAUUUUUCUGGUAAAUAAAACGUUCAAGUCAUCACCCGUUCCUCCUCUUGGUAAAGGACUUCUUUUAUUAAUCGAGAAAAAAAAUCUCAGUUUUUGUGGACUCCAUUGCAUGUCAACAUGGCAAAAGUCAAGUGCAUCACCCUAGAAAUGCAUCUUCUGGGGUACUUCACCCAGCCCAUGAACUGUGGUGUAAACUGCUUAGAUUGGUAGAAAUGAUUUCUUUUCUUAAAAACUCUGUUCUUUGCUUUUACAUUCUGUCACUCGCUUUCUUCUGUAUGUAAAUUGAAACAUAAAGGUGGACAUUUUAUCAAAAUCAUGUUGCUUCCAUGGGAACUUCACUGGCGUUGAUACAGCGUGUGCAUGUUGAUCUGCUGAACGUGUGUAAACCUGCAGGACUCCUGCCUAGAAACCUAGCAACAUUUCACAAAAGACUGUACCUGAACUCAGCAUUCAUAGUGCUGCCAUCGCCUGUGGAUUUUUAUCAACCAAGCUGGCAACAAUUUUUUGGGCUCAUUGUGAAGCUAUAUGUGGGGGAGAGGGAGAGGGGGAGGGGUUGCAUUCACAAUUGCUGUAGAGGACCCCACAAAAUAGCCGAAUGAAAUGUUUGCUUUCUUAUCGCUUUGUUUGGGUUGUAAUUAAUCAAAUUGUCUGUUAAUGAACGUGAUGUAAGUGAUUUUUACGUCCCUCAGCCUGGGGCGUUUUUGUUUUUUUUUGCUUUUUUCUUUUGAGGCUUUUGAAAGACUUUUCUCUCUAAUUCCGUUAAAAUCCCACUUUAACAGUACUAUGGGGAAUUCGGAAGAAACGGACUCAUCCCCAUUUGAUAAUUCAGCAUCUGGUCUCUGAGGUGGCACGAGCAAUAACUGCAGCCUAACUAUAAUUACAAUCAGGGUCCAAAUAACUAUUUUCUGUUUAGAAGCUAAUGAUCACAAACAAGGGGCGUUUAGCAUUGCUUGUUGAAUUUAAAAUAUGCUCUUUGCUUAAGCUUUUUUUUUUUUUUGUGAGCACUGCAGCUCCAGUGGACGACGAAGGACUUUUUAAAAAGUGUAUGUUCUAUUUGAAAAUGUGAAGCUGUUGGAAUCCUCAUUUAUUUUGUUUUUUGUAAUGGACACUCAUUUUUAAACUCACAAUGCCAAUGUCCUAACUGGUUAAAUGUUACUGCUUACCAUAACGCUCCAUGACACUACAAAAUGUUACAAUUUAUCUCUAUGACAGUGUUUCACUGGUAUAUAUGUAUAUGCAUACUUAACUGUACAGUCAAGCCUUGUCAGCGAGGGGAGGCUUAAACCACAUUUCAUUUUAGAUAUUGUGGCACUAUAAAGGAUUUAAUGUUGAAAAGGUCACUGUGUUCUGGGAAUGGACUGCUUUCACUUGUUGAUAGGUUUAUCGGGCUUGGAGUGUUUUGCCUCUCGUCCCUUACUGCAAAAGAUCUUGAUGCUUCUCAUCAUUGUACCUGCACCAAAAUGUUGCCCUGACUUUUUUUGUACUUUUAAGAUGCAUAUUUCAUUUUUUGUCAGAGGACCAGUGCUUUCUACAGCUGAUCCGGCAUUCUAUUUAUCCUACCUGAUCUUUAUCCUUUCAGAUAUUUGGUCAUUAUUCUCCCUUGUUAAAAAAAGAAAAAAAGAGCUUCUUGAAAGAAAAGAAAUAAAGCAGUUGUGAUUUCUUAAAUGUACUGUUGAUUCUGUAUUCUCACUUUGUCAUAUUAAAAUCAUGCAUCAAA